AUGCUUCGUAGGACAAUAUUAAAAGCCUUACCAAAAAGAAGCGGCGGACAUGCACAUCCUGACUUUCCUUUCUUAGGCAAUUACAAGCACAAGAGAAUUAUCAGCAUUUAUGAAACCAAUCUUUGGAUUUAUGAUGGUGUUCAGCCUGAAUAUUUAGUUGACUUUUGGAAUCCUCAUAUCACUGGGCCUGUGCUUGCUUUCAGAUGUUUCAUGUUUACUAUUGCCAUUCCUUUAGCAGUGAUGUACCUUACAGUUCAAGUGGUUUAUUCUCCUCCAUGAGUUUAUGUUUAGAGAUUCCUAGGAUUAAUUUCAUUAUAUGAAUGAAAAUAAUAUAUAUUGUCCAUUGAUUUAAUUCGAACUUUAUACAUAAAGGAUACCCAUUCUUUACCAAACCUUAUAGAAGCUUCGCUUGGGACAAUCCAAACUCAAAUGUCAAAAAAUUCCACAAUAAAAUAGUGAACGAAAGAGUUUUCCAGAAGAAAAACCCACUAGGGCUUGUGAACGUCCCUGAUUAUCCUACUGAAGGAUGGGUUGCAAAUGAACACCCAGCUUACAGGAAGUUUAAAGUCUAA